GCCCUCAGAGGCUCCCGUAACACCUCUAAGCCUUGUGGGCUCGCUUAGGCACCGCCCUGCUCCUAGCCCGCCCGGAAACAGCUUUGCCCCGCCCCACGUGGCACAACCCAAAAACUUCUCCCGCGGUCUGCAACGCUUUCCCGAUGGCCCACUACAAAGAGGUGAAUGUGUCUGGCUUCGAAGACUUCAGCCGGGCUGUGGAGCAGCACAAAGGCAAGACCAUUUUCGCCUACUUUACCGGUUCUAAGGACGCCGAAGGGAAAAGCUGGUGCCCCGACUGCGUGCAGGCUGAACCAGUCGUCCGAGAGGGGUUGAAGCAUGUUUGUGAAGGAUGCGUGUUCAUCUACUGCCAAGUAGGAGAAAAACCUUAUUGGAAAGAUCCAAAUAAUGACUUCAGAAAAAACUUGAAAGUAACUGCAGUGCCUACACUACUUAAAUAUGGAACACCUCAAAAACUGGUAGAAUCUGAGUGUCUUCAGGCCAACCUCGUGGAGAUGUUGUUCUCUGAAGAUUAAGAUCUGAUGAUGGCAAUUGUGCACUGACUUCCUGAUUUGCUCUAGUAUAAAAGAAAUUGCAUACUUGCUUUGAAUUCAUGUUAGCAAUAAAUAUGACAUUUAAAAAAUUGG